AUGCUACCUCAAUCUCCUUUGGCCCCGACCACCCCUUCUGUGAUUUCUACCCAUUCACCGGCAGCCAUUGAUCUCAAUUCAAAGCAAGACCGUGAGGCUCAGGAAGGCGAUUGCUUCAUUGAAACAAAUGAUGCCUCCGAUUCAGAUUACGAGGAAACUGUUGGGGACGCCAACAUGAGACGGCCAGAACGUCCGCGGCAUCGUGAUUUGACCACAACGGAGGAACAGGAGGAAGUGGACGACGAGGAAUCUGCUGCUGAGGUGAACCUAUCUCCUCGACGCUUCACGGCCUCCCAAAAGAACAAGGGUCGUGCUUGUGUCAAUGUUGACAAUGGCUCUUCUGGCGCUGAGGACGAACUGGAUGAGGAACCUUCGACGGUUGAGCCGUUGAAGAAGUUCGUCAACAAGAAAGCCAAGGAUGCCACUGACGUUGCGCGCCUGCUUCAGAUGGUGCCUUCACGUAAAUCUAGGCUUGAUAACGGGGAUUCAGAUGCUGAAAGCCAACGUUCCGGUGGAGACGACAUCCCCGAGGCCCCAAAGGAGAAGUUGACUCGAUUACGUUCAGAUGCCAAUGGCGCGUUUGAGCUGGUGGAUGAGGAUGAAGCUGACGAUGAGCCGGAAGCCACCCACCACAAAUCAGGUCCUCUUCCAAAAGCCGCGAAAGAGGCCGCGUUCGCCGCUCAUCAAGAGUAUCUUGACAAGCUUGAAGCCUUGGCUUUGGAGUACGACAAACCUAUGAAACUGUUCCUCCGACUUGUUGCUCAAGAUGUCAAGUCAAGUCAUCGUUUGAAUCCUUGGUCAGCCUUCCAGCACUGGUAUGCUCGACAUGGCGAUGUCAAGAAAACAAAAGAUGUUUCUGCCCAGGCAUGGACAAAGUUCGUUGCCAGACUUUAUAACGAGGAACUCAAGACUUUGGGAGCGAGUGCUUCUCAAGAAGAUAUACGUGAACAUUUCAAAGAACAACUUGAUUAUUAUCGCGGCGUCAUAGGGGCAUUUUUGGAAUCAAAACGAGAUGAUGGGAAGUUCCCGCAAGUCGUGAAGAAAGUGGUUGAGCCGUUUGUUAAAUUGGCCACUCGAGCAUACGAAGAGACGGGGAUUCAGGUCUUUGGAUUUGCCAUCGAUGUCAAUGCCAAUUCAACCUCAAGCUUGGCUUGGGGAGGCAGCCGUGAGUAUGAGAAACUUCGCGAACGCUACAAGUCCUCUGUGGAGACUCAGCUGAGAGAUUACGAGGGGAUGUUCAAGAUGGCGGAGAUGGACCAGCGAUUGACGGCCGCAAGCGGUACAUUAAUUCACUGCGAGCCAAGGUCAACUGAAAAUAAGCGUGAUUGCCUUAUGCGAGUCCUGGGAGAAUUUCUGCGCGGUGAUCUGAUCGAAAUCUUAAGUGCCCGGAACGAGGAAGGCAGUAACAUGAAGAAGGUCACGAUGAACUGGUCUUGGACGGACUUCGCGUACAAGAACGAGGUCACCAUCCUCGGUUGGGGGCUGGUGGAUGACUACCCUCGUGAAGGAUUUUCACUGAAGGGGAAGGGAAAGGGAGAGGCUUUUUUUCAAAGAAUUGUCCAGACGCGCAUCAAUGAGUACAAACAACAGAAGCGCGGUAGCCUCAUGGUGAACGAUGAAGAACCUGAUGAUUCGGUCAUCUCACCGUAUGUUCGCAUUGUCUCAUGGACGUCAGAGCAACGAAAGCUUCGCGUGGUGAAACAGCAAGACAUCCCCCUUGUGGUAGAUGUUGCAGGAAAGGUUCUAUCCACUGUCUUCAACUCGAAGAUGUGGGCAAAGGCGGUUGAAGUCACUGGCCAUAAGAAGUCUCAUCAGAAGUCAGCGCGACCACAAAGCGACGAUGAAGAAGACUUUGAAAUGCCCAUCGAGAUACCGCCUCGUCGUCCACCUCCCCGCCCAAACACUGUACAAGAGGGUCCCGAAGCAGUGCCCCCUCACUUGCGAUUUUCGCCAGAUCGUGAACAGACUUAUAAUCAUUGGGCUCCUAGUAACUUCGACGCAUGCCCUCCUCACUCAAGAUAUACAAUAGAUUCUCAAGGUCACGAUCAGGACACUUACAAUCGCCCACCUAGCAAUGCUGGUGCACGUCCCCCUCACUCUCGAUCUACAGCGGAUUCAAUCGAUCGUGGUCGCGAUUAUCCUCGACGAGCACCCAACAACUGUGAAACAAUUCCCCCUUACUCUCGAUCCAUGGCAGAUUCCAUUAAUCAUUAUCCUCAACGAGCAGCUGACAACUUUGAUGCACAUCCCCCUCGCUCUCGGUCCUCUCGCGAUCAUGAACAAACUCAGCAUCAUCAGCCAAUCAAGUCUCGCGGAGAUCUCGUUUACAACGACCAUCUAGACUAUAAUCACAACAUCUAUCAUGGGGAUGAGGAUGACCAUUACCGGUUCACUCGUGAUUACACUCCUGCCCCCGGUCAAAGUCGGUACUAUGAAAUUGACUCUGAACUACGAGGGGGUGGCCGAGAGCCACACGGACCUCCAACGCUCGAUCAUCGCCCUGCAAGGAACAAUGACGACUAUCCAUCACAUGACCACUACAAUGCUGGCUCUUCUGGUGCUCAGCGCCAUCGCCUCCCGGAAGAUGGCCAGGGCCUCUCAAAGCGGCCAUACAACACAGAGGAUAUGGGACGGCUUGGUGUUGGCUCUUCUGAACUACAGCCGCCUCAGAAAAAGCGGAAGAUAUCGGAACUGGAGGAAGGGACACGCAGGGUUGUUGCACUUCCUACACGGCGAAUUCCAUCCGGAAGCCAUCCAACGGAUAAUGGUAGGCCUGGCUCUUCGAAGGAUCGUUCCUUGGUAUUACUUAUAUGA